UUAUCUCCAAGCCUACGCGCACAUGUGCGCAUAAGCACAAUUACCAUCUGGAAGUCCGCAGUUUUUAUCAGAACACACAGCUACCUGGAUAUCCAGUCGCAGCUACAGACACAGGCACCAGAAGCAGCCGAGCCAACAGCUAUGCAAUACGCGCUGUGUCGGAUCGUGACUUGCUCGCAAGAGGUAUGGAUAGGACAAACGAUGCCAGCCAGAGACAAGAAAAGAAAGGUAUCGCUAAACAACAAGCGGUGUUUGCAGUGAGACUAUAUCCGUUUAUAGUCCUGUUUAUGCUGGUUAUCUCAGUCCCCUUCCUCACUCCGGUGGUUGUGCCGUUGCAUCGAGAUGCGAACUACGAGCGACAGUGCCGGCCGCACUACGACGUGUUUAUAGCUCUGACAGCCUCCUUUGGCAUUGAUAAUCUGUGCGUGGCCACGCUCUUAUAUCGCAGAUACACUGAUACAGGGAACACCACCACAUCAAAACAAGGGGCAGAUACUUCCCGACUCAACUAA